AUGUUGCCCAUCUCUUGCGGCUAUACGCGCGAAGGCAGCAACUUCGGUGGAGGUUGGGCAAGAGAACGCAGCGGCGCGCGUCCCUGUCGCCCGGGGGCAGAGCGUGAGCCGGCGGUGCGGUUUGCGCUGGGCGGCCGCCGCGCGGCCAGCGGCGGAGGCACGCAGACGCAGCUGGCCGCUCCGCUCGUGACCCGCGAACCAGGAAGCCGGCGGGCGGAGCCGCGCGGUGGCAGGUGCGACCCCGCCCAGGCCGCGGCCACGCCGUGCCACGCCGCGGGCCGCGGGCCGCCGGCCGGUGAAAGGCGGCGGCGCGGGAUGCGCAGGGCGGGUCAGCGCGCGCCGCCCGGACCCUCCCCGUCACUACCGCAGCGCGCCCAGCCCCGCGGGGAAUGUGGUCGAAGAUGUCGGCUGUGGGCGCGGCGCGCAUUGGUCAGCCCAGGUGCCGGAGCGCUACUUGCUCCAGCCGCUGCCCUGCGGCUGAAUGCGAGGCAUCACCUUGUUACGGGCAGCAUGCUGGAGCAAGUGAAGAAGUUUGUGGGCGAGAUACCGGUGGCGGAGAGGUGUGCGUUGCGGAUGAUGCCGCUGGCGAGCGCGCCUAACGGAGCGGCGUGGUGUGCUGUUGCAGAGAGCGAGGGGCAGCCGCGCCGGCCGGCCGCCUGCCCUAUGAGCCUGGUGGCCGCGACGUGGGCCAGCGGCUGCAGCAGCGCGCUCCUUGGCGUCGGCGUCGGCGUGGGGCUCCUGCAGCACGGGCCCGCCGCACAUGCCAUGCGCGAGAAGGACUCGUCGCCGCGCAAGAUGCUGCUCGCGUCGGGCGGGCACAGCUCGCCCAAGCAGGCGGCCGUCUACCCGCUGUCGGUGCGCGUGCCCGAGGAGGGCCGCCAGGCUGCCGCGGCCGCGGGCCCGCCCGACCACCACGACCUGCCCUUCGACCUGUCGCGCCACAACAUGGCGGGCGCGCCGCACAUGUCGCCCGCGGGCCACCCGCCGCCGCAGCACGACGACCAGCCACUCGACCUGCGCCUCGACCACAAGAAGGGCGCCAUCGCCGCGGGGCGCCGCCACCAGGUCGAGGACGAGAACCGCAACGUCAUCGUGGGCUCCCCGUCGCCGUCGCCACCCGCCGGACGCGCCUCUUCCGCCUCGUCCGGAGGCAGCGGUGACGAGAACAGAGAACAGAGACAGUCCAGUCCUUCCGCAUCCUCCGUGGCGAACAGCCUCAAAUCCCCUGUGGGCUCUCCCGGCAUAGGCCACUACCCUGUCUUCCUUUCGCACCAGCCCAUUCACCCUCUAAUGCUGGAGGCGAUGUGCCGCGCCAACAAGGAAGGAGCCGGCGCACGGUUACCUCUCGCCUAUCCAGUCAGCCCCCCUGGCUAUCACUCCCCACGAACUCCCUACGCUUUCCUGAGUCCCAAUUCACUGCUCAACGGCCACUCUUCGCCCACCGGUGUCUCGCCAGCGGCCGGGUUCGAAAUGCUGCGCCACCCACUGGCUCAGCAGCAGCAACAGCAACAACAACAGCAAACCCAACAUGGCGUCGCAGCAUCAGCGGGCGGAAAAAUUAAGGACCGCUACGCUUGCAAGUUCUGCGGCAAGGUGUUCCCUCGAUCUGCGAAUCUGACACGCCACCUACGCACACAUACGGGGGAGCAGCCGUACAAGUGCAAGUACUGCGAGCGCUCCUUCAGCAUCUCGUCCAACCUGCAGCGGCACGUGCGCAACAUCCACAACAAGGAGAAGCCGUUCAAGUGCCCGCUCUGUGACCGCUGCUUCGGCCAGCAGACGAACCUAGACCGCCAUCUGAAGAAGCACGAGGCGGACGGACCCACGAUCUUGGACGACCCCCGGCGCAGUCCGUCGGCACUGCUGGCGCACCAUCACCAGCGACAGCAGCUGCAGCUCCAGCAGCAGCAGCAACAGCAGCAGCAGCAGCACGCGCGUGUGUUGGGCCCUCUGGCGGAGGACGCUUGCUUCGAGGAGAUCCGCUCGUUCAUGGGCAAGGUGACGGCCGACGGCCGGCUGGUGGCUCCGCCCGCGCUGGCCCUGGGCCGGCGCUGCAUCACGCCGCCGCCCUUCGACGCGUCGGCUGCCGCGCGCUGCGCCAACACCGACGCGGCCAAGCUGGGCCGUUCCUUCUCCAGUAGUGACAAGGACAAUAUGUCUUCCAGAUCGUCGUCGUCCUCGCUGGCCGGGUCAUCACUGUCUCCUCCACGAGUACCUUCGCCCAAGGACGAUGUCCCUCACAAGUCCCCCGCCAACGACACGACUACCUCUGCACAGGAGGACCGUCCGUCCUCUAACCCACCGUCCAACAACGGCAGCAGUCAUGCUGAAAACAUUACAGAACCGUCGCCACCACCAGCUUCGCCCAACAACAAUACGUGA